AUGCAGCCCAGGCGGGAGCUGAUGGCCCGCGAGGGGUUCUUCUACUCCGGCAAACGAGAAGAAGAGCGGAUUGCAGAUAAGCUCGUCAACGUCGAAUUUGCCAUGAUCCAAUGCAUGGGUGAGGUGAUGCAGGCUGAAUGCACCAGCUGUGUCAAGCACCUAGGACCCUGGGCGAAGUGCAUUCGACUCAGCGGGGGCGAGGGUGAGAAGGGCACCUGCGGAAAUUGCCGAUGGAAUGGCCAGGCCAAGCGAUGCAGCCUAUCCAACGCCGAGGCAGACACCGAUAGUCCGAGACACCUACCCGUGGACACCGUCGUGGAAUCUCUAUUGACGAUAACCUGA